AUGCGCCCGCCGCGGGAAACGCCGUGGGAAGCGAGGAGACAGGGAGAUCUCCCCAGGGAAGGGCGGCCCUGCGCCGAGCGUCGCAUCAGCUCGCCCGGGUACCGCCGAGCGGUGCUGCCGGUAAAGGAGCGCUCCCCUGUGCUUCAGGCGAGACGGGGACAGGCACAGAGACGUCAGGUUUCACAAAGUCACACGGUGGUCUGGCGGCUCCUUGCUCAGAAGUGGCCUUUUGGAGAUACGGAUUUUGGACAGUUUCUUUGCAAAUUCCUUCCCUUUAUCCAGAAGGCGUCAGUGGGAAUCACAGUCCUUAACCUCUGUGCCCUUAGUGUGGACAGGUACAGAGCAGUUGCCUCCUGGAGCCGUGUUCAGGGAAUUGGAAUCCCUAUGAUCACUGCUAUCGAAAUUUUCUCCAUUUGGCUUCUGUCCUUCAUACUGGCUAUCCCAGAAGCAAUUGGUUUUGCUGUGGUACCUUUCAGAUACAAGGAUGAAAGUUAUGUUACCUGCAUGCUCAAGCCUACAAAUAAUUUUAUGUUGUUUUACAAAGAUGCAAAGGAUUGGUGGCUGUUUGGUUUCUAUUUCUGCAUGCCACUGAUGUGUACUGCCAUCUUUUACACUUUAAUGACUUGUGAAAUGUUAAACAGAAGAAAUAGCAACUUGAGAAUUGCUCUCAGUGAACACCUUAAACAGCGGCGAGAAGUUGCAAAGACAGUUUUCUGUUUGGUCGUGAUUUUUGCUCUUUGCUGGUUCCCUCUCCAUUUGAGCCGAAUUUUGAAGAAAAUGGUAUACAACGAAAAAGACCCCAGCAGAUGUGAACUGCUCAGUUUCUUGUUGCCCUUGGAUUAUAUCAGCAUCAACCUGGCAACCAUGAACUCUUGUAUAAACCCCAUAGCUCUGUAUUUUGUGAGCAAGAAGUUUAAAAACUGUUUCCAGUCAUGUCUUUGCUGUUGCUGCUCCCAAUCUAAGAGUCUGGUGACUUCAGUGCCUAUGAAUGGAACAAGCAUUCAAUGGAAAAAUCAAGAAUUAAACAAUCACAAUACAGAUCGAAGCAGCCAUAAAGACAGCAUAAACUGAAAGCUAAGGACUCUCAUACCAUUCUGGAAUGAAACAGGAAAAAAAAAAGUCACUACGAAGCUAUUGCAACAGGAAGCCCAGUGACUGUUCCAUAAUAAUUCAGACAUGUGCACCAUUGUACCUAAUUCUAGAGGUGACUGAGCAGAUGGACUGACUAUAACUGUGAUGUUCUGUGAACUGAGAUCCACUGGAUGAUGAUUUUGCCUUUGGAAACGAUAUUGAUGUGAUUAUGACACCAAAAAACUGGCUUGAACUGCACAGGUGGUUUGCUCUUCUGAACCAGGCAGGAACUGUCCAGUGCCUGUGACUGGUACAAUACAAUCAAUUUGCCUGAUUGUCACCUAGAAUUCAUCACUCUGGAAUUUUUCAGAAGAUAUCAAAAUGGAAUCUGUCUGUGACUAUAUUUUCCCUCUGCCCAUUUGUCUUUUAACUUUUAUUUGUGUGGUGGAUAUAUUCCAUGCACCAGUAUGGAAAAAAAAAACCCAGUAUGUUUUGCAUGUUGUUGUUGUUGCUGUUUUUCAGGUGUAUGUUGUAAAAUGUUUUAGUCCACACCAGCAUUUUAUUUACUUAUGUUACAUGGGUCAGGACAUUACCUGGGCAGUUCACAUUUGUAGCACUUCAGUAUUCAAAUAUAGGAAGAUACCAUUUAAAUAGCAUCAACAUUUGGCACUUAAGCACAGAUUAAUACCAAAAAAAAGGUAUUAAUAAUACAGUAUAUACUGUGUUAUUUAUUCUAAUGCUCUGUACAAAAUAAACAUAAUCUGUAUCAGCAAAAACAAUGAAAGAUGCUCGCAGAGGGGCACCUUACAAUGUGUUUUUAAUUAACCUGCCAUGUUAAUUCUUAAACUAUAUGAACCUUUUAAUCUAUUUAGACUAUAGCUGCGUUAAAUCUAAGUUCAAAUGAGGGUCAGUGGAACAGAGUGAAGCAUUAUUAAAGCUGUCCAAAGAGUUCUGAGAAUACAGUUAUUAUCUGAGAACCUAUGCACAACACUACUUACAUAUUGUGGACAUGAGGUUAUAGUCUUAGUGAAUGUAGAACUGUGGAAGUCCAUAAGAGUUGGAUGUGCAGAAGGAUACUUUGUGCCUUAUUGCUUACAGAGUUCUUUGUCUACACAAUGUUCAAAGAUUUUAAGGGGGUUUAAUAGGUUAUCAGCAUUGUUAACCAUACAAAUGCUAUUAAUAAUAUAUAGAAACUAUUGCUUGCAUACACGUAAACUGAUGAUUUCCUUAGUACUUCCAUCCAUUAAGACUACAUGGCAAGAGAUUCCUUGUUUGGCUAUAAAAAUUUUUAAUAGGUAACCUUUCACUAAAGAGUGGAAUUAAGUAGCAUGAUGUCAUAUAUAAUAUGUCUCAUGCACAAAUCUGCUAGGCAGUUUACAGCAUCCUUUGUGCUAGGCUAAGAAGCAGUAAUCAAAAUUCCACAAAUUCUUAAACAUCCAUUUCAUUUCAAGGGAAAGACAUAAUCCUGCAUAUUUUUAUUUAAAAGGUCAAAAUGCUAGCACCUACAGUGGAUUCUGCUGUACAAGUUCCCCCAAUGUUUACAUUCACACAAAUUUUCAAAGUAUAUUUAAAAAAAGUUUCUUUAAAUUGGUUUAUGUAUUUUUGUGUGCUUUUGUCUCUGUGACAUAUAUGCGUGUAUAAAUACAUAUAAAUCUAUGUUCAUAUGUUAUAAACCUAAAUACAGUCUUCUGACAGUGCUCUGUGGUAGUGCCUAAGAGCAUGGUAUGGAAUGAGACUUGGCUGAAUUUUACUCAAAACACUUCAUCCUCAAACUGUAUCAAAAAAUCAUAGUAAAUGAG